CUAGCUAGCUAGGUCUAUGCGUUAACUUUAUAUUCACUUAAACUUAUUAUAUAUGAAUUGACUUAAAAUAUUGUCGAAGUAUUUACUUGAAAUACUUAUAUUUUUGUACAUCAUCUUAUGUUGAUUUUUUUUUUCAAAAAAAAAAAGCCAAAUGUAACCAAGCCAAUUGACUAACCUACUCCCUAAAUUUCACUAUGAAUGAAUAUGAGUGGUUAACAAAAUACUUGCACAAAUAAUUACCAAUAAAGACCCUAGAGAAAGAUGCUGGAACUAUGGAAGAUACCACAAGACACCAAGAUUUUGAAACAAUAAUAAUAAGGUACACUUUGAAUUGCCAAUUUUUCAAACCUAUGUACACUAAAAUCCUUGGCCCCACCACCUCCUCUUUUUCAAUUUUUUUUUUCUAUUUAUUCUUUUUUAUUGUGUAAAUUGAUUAAUUAUAGCUUCCCCUUACCAGUAUAUAUAUAAUGAGAUCAUCUCCCCACCAAUACCAUCAAGACACCCCUUCAAGAGACCUUACAUAUAAUUGUCUCUUCCAAAAUUAAACCCCAUAAUAAUAUUUCUUCUCUCUUUUUUUUCUCUAGAAAACGGCAAAGAUGGAUCCUCUCAUCAUUGGAAGAGUAGUUGGGGAUGUCAUAGACAAUUUCAACCCAAGUGUGAGAAUGUGUGUCACUUACAAUAAUAAGCAAGUUUACAAUGGUCAUGAAUUCUUCCCUUCUUCUGUCACCCUUAAGCCUAGGGUUCAAGUUCUUGAUGGUGACUUGAAAUCAUUUUUUACCUUGAUUAUGACAGAUCCAGAUGUUCCAGGACCCAGUGAUCCUUACCUUAAAGAGCACCUUCACUGGAUAGUCACAGAUAUUCCAGGCACAACAGAUGCUACUUUUGGGAAAGAGAUGGUGACCUAUGAGCUGCCGAGGCCGAACAUAGGCAUCCACAGGUUUGCGUUCAUCUUGUUCAGGCAGAACCGUAGGGGUACUGUCGUCCCACCGUGCAGUCGAGAUCGAUUCUGCACCAAAAAAUUUGCUGAAGACAACCAACUUGGCCUUCCUGUUGCUGCUGUCUACUUCAAUUGUCAAAGGGAAACCGCUGCUCGAAGGCGCUAGCUGAAUAUUCAUCUUUGGACACCAAGCCAAUGAUAUUAUCUCGUAUUCUAAUGUACCAAUUAUGCAAUAAUUUGGUUUAAAAUAAGAUUGCUCUUUACUUGGUUAGGGGGAGGAGUGUAAUGUUUAUGAUAUGAUAUAUGAGUGACCUAACUAGCUAGAAGAAGGAAGUGGUUUAUGUUAGUUAUUAGCUUCUGGUUGCAUAUUAGUUUAUGUAGCUUUAAUUUGUUUUAUGCAUGUCCUUGAUAUCUAUGUGUACUAAUUUCAUAUCGUAUGAUAUUUCCAUAUUAAUACGAAGUAUAUACUGAGCAGUACUUGAGCUGUCUAGGAUCAAAAUUAUAAAAUUAGAUCUAUUCAUCAUUAAACCUAUCCAUCAAAUGCAUCCCAUUGGUCUCAAGAUUAUAAAAUUGACAUGUUUUUCACUUUUUAUGACAACAAAAAAAAAAAAAGAAUUUUAGAUGAUGACAACAAAAUGCUAAGACAACUUAAAUCUUUGAAAUCCUUGACUAUUCUUAGAAAAAUAAAAGACAUACAUUUCUUAGCAAAUAGCGAAGCUUAUUUAACCUACUUUAAUUCUAAAAUUAUAAACAUAACACCACUCUCUAAAAAACUUAACCAUCAAAUUAGUUGAUUUCAUGUACACUUAUUCUUGAUAUAUCCUAUACCGUAUAUUACAUAAAAAAAAAAAAAAACCUCCCUACAAAUCACUUACCUAGGAGAAAAGAUCAAAACACACAUUUUAAUUUAUGCUUAAGCACAAUGUGACUAAUAACUAAAGCGAUAUGAGACCAUAUUUGACCUUCUAUUUUUGGUUUUUAUAAGGAAAUCUUUUUACCCAUAACAGUCACUGUUACAAUGUUACAAUCUUUUUCUAUUCUCUAACAAUCUUAAUUCCCUCAAAGCUAAUGUAUAAUAGGACCCACACUCUUACCUCAGUAAGGCUACGUCAGGUGGACAAUACACUAGCUUAGACCCCUCAUUUGAUUACUUCCUUAAUCCUUGCACUUUUUCUCUAUAUUUUGCUGCCCUAUUAUAUUUUCUUUCUUUUCACUUUAUUUACCCCUUUUCAUUAAUACCGGAUUAUACUAAGCUACCAUUAACUAGGACAAGAAGUAUGGCCUUCAUUAUCAAAGAGGGUCUCAGGGUUUAGGUAGGUCUAAAAGCAUGCAAUGGUACCUUCAUUCCAACUAUUAGAGAACUUUUUUAAUUAUUCCAAUCUACCAGCAACAUAGUAAAAGUAAGCAAAAGUAAGAAUAUUUUCUUUUCAACUUAAUGAUUUCUCUCUAACAAAAUAUGUUUAAAUAAGACAAAUUCAAGCAAUAUCAGUUUAUAAGUUCAAAAAUGCUAUGUUGAAAUGUUACUCCGGAUAUGUGUUCUAUUCCAUGAAUAUUGCACAUACACUAGUUCAGAAAUGAAAGCCAAAUUAAAUAGUAAGCACUGCAUAACACAAUUAUAUAUAAGAGAAACUGAAAUAACUCAAAUAUAAGCAAAGGAAAACGAGCAAUAAGCUAAUAACAUGACCCCUAUACUAUCAU